ACCCGUCCACAAUUCAAAAUGUCACCACGUCAUCUAAGAAGUCUUGGAUUGGCCAGACAGUAACUUUGAAGUGUCUUUCUGAUGGUGUUCCUACACCAACACUCUCUUGGUACAAACCUAAAGGAAGUGGAAUAAACAGAGUCACAGCCAGAGAAAACGAAGUACAAGUGCCACUCAGGGGUGAUCAAGAUUUUGGUCAUUACAAGUGCAUUGCUGCCAAUGGACUUCCUCCAUCUGAUGAGAAAUUAAUAAAGAUAAAUCAGAUAAAGAAACCAGGGAAAGCAUCCAUCAAAUCAGAAUCAGUCAUUCAAGCAACUUCUAUAACAAUACAAUGGACUGCACCAGCUGAUGAUGGAGGAAGUCCGAUUACAGGAUUCCAAAUGAUCUUACAAAAGGAUGGAACUGAGAUAAAAAAGGUUAAUAUCACCGAACCUGGGACGACAAGUUAUUCGUUUCCUGGUUUGGAGAAAAAUACCAACUACACAGUGAAACUGUUUUCCAGAAAUUUUGUAUUCGAGGGAGAUCCUACUCUAUGGAACUUUAAGACCAAGUUUGAAGGAGCCCCAGAUGUGGUCGAAAUAGACGAACUGCCAGAUAAAACAACAGACGAUACAAUUACCCUAAAGUGGAAGGAGCCAGAAAGUUAUGGAAAAGUUAUUAUCAUGUAUACAGUGUACCAAAGAGUAGUGACUGAUGGGAAAGUGGGACAUUGGACAGAAAUAAGGAAAAUCAGAGAUGUUUCUACGAGAGAAUUGAAAAUAGCGUUGGAGAAAGGAAAGGUGUAUCAGUUUGCCAUUACUGCAACUAGUGAGCUUGGUGAAAGCCUAAAACAGGAGAAAGCAAAUAUCCAGCAAGUCAAAGCAGAAGGUAGUAUGUUCAAAUGAAUCUUAUUUUCGCCUUUCAAAGGUUAUCUUUUUUCUUUACUUAGUUUUCCAGGACUCUCCGUGUCAUGAACAUCGAGGUUUUUA